AUGGCUGCUCCCCACCUUCCCCCAGUCUCAUCUCCAUUGGCUGACUCUGGACGCACCCCCACCCAGCCUGCUGGCUUUGGCGCCCAUGCCUGCAAGCCCAAAUGCUACAAACCUCUUCCUAUUGCCUUUGCUGCUACAAUUCCCAUGAUGAAUUCCAGCGCAAAACACUCUUACCGCUUCACCCCCAAUGGAAUCGAGUUGAUGGCCAACAAUGCAAAGCUUGACCUCCUUGUUCGUCGGACUCGCCUAAGGGACAUGGGUUUAUUGCGCCCGACCUGA